CUCCUGCACCUACUGUCAAUAGAUUAGAUUUAAGGGGAUGGUAGCAUUGAAUGCUGAGCUGCGUCGAUAAAGAGCAUCCUGAUGUUUGUACCUUUGCUGUCCAGAUGCUCCACGGUUGAGUGAAGAGCCAGUGAAACCGCAUCUGUUGUGCCGAGAAGCAGAUGAUCGCAGGUUUCAUGCUGCGCAUGCGCUUAUCGCAGGUUUCAUGCUGCGCAUGCGCUUAUCGCAGGUGGGCGGAGUUUGGGGAAAGUUUUCACCCGUCGAGAGAGGCUCCCGGCUCACCGAGCACCCGGAAUUGGAACACUGAUCUCCAUCAUGGAUGAUGUCGCAAAGAUGAGAGAGGAUCUUGAGAUGUCAACAAGGACGGACAAGGGUCCUAUGACUACAAUCUCUAAGCACACCUCACAGUGGAAUGAGGAACAACUAUUUCAGCUGUCAAAAUUCUACCGGGAAAGACUGAAACAGGCAAUUGAAGAACGUGUGGAAGAACUCACUGAAAUGCUGAGACUGGAAGGACACAUCAGUGAUCAAGAGCAAGAGAAAAUCAUUGAACUUGUGAGGAAGCGAAACCGGCCAGAGGGUUCGAAGGUAUUCUUCAGGCUGGUGAUGGGGAAAGGCUCCCGAGCCCGGAGGGUGAUGUGGGAAGCAUUUGUGAAAAUGCGAAACGAGUUACCGAAAUUGGACAGAAUAUUGAAGGAAAUCCAGGAGCUCGGGGCUGAUAUACCAGAAUACAUGAACAUCAGCCAAGGGUUAACCGAACUCCCACCUCAGUUAAAAGAUGUUCAUGAGAAACAUAAGAAAACACUGCAGGAAGAAACUGAAGAGCUCAGAGUGAACACGAUUUUGUUGAGGGAGAAGGUGAAGGUUUCCAAGCUGGUUGAUCGAUACGCUGAGCUGACGGUCAUUUCUUCUGUUCGAGAGCGGAGGUUUGUGGAACACGAGCUGCUGGCAAGAGGCCGAGACCAUGAGGAGUGGAGAGAGAAACACCUUCGGGGAGAGUUGGAAAAAAUCCAUUCCGAUCAGUUGCUUCAAAGUAGUUUUUCCCAUAGUGUGACUUACUGGCAGCAAAUAAAGAGAUUCUUCGGAUUUGACUCUGUGAAUCCGACAUCAGUGAACAGAGUAAAGCCUGGGAAUUCAGCAGCAGUGGCCGGUGUCCCGGGGAUUGGAAAAACAACAAUGAUGCAGAAGAUUGUUUAUGACUGGGCCACGGGGAAAAUAUACCAACAUUUCCAUUUUGUGUUCAGUUUCAAAUUCAGGGAUUUAAACUCCAUUAACUGUGAAAUAAGCCUGAGGGAACUGAUUCUGAAACAGUAUCCUUACUUUGAGAAUGUUCUGGGAGAAGUCUGGAAGAACCCAGAGGGAUUGCUGUUUAUAUUUGAUGGUUUGGAUGAACUGAAGGAUAGAAUUGAUUUUACUGAGAGUCACAGAGACACAGACCCUCAGCAACGCUGUGCAGACCCAGAAUUCCAGUGCCAUGUGUCCAACAUUGUGUACAAUUUAAUCCAGCACAAGCUUCUCCCAGGGUGUUCAGUGCUGGUGACCACCCGCCCCACUGCCUUACAUUUAUUGGAAAAGGCAGAGAUCAGUGUCUGGGCUGAAAUCCUGGGAUUUGGUGGUGAGGAACGGAAGGAUUAUUUUAACAGGAUUUUUGAAGAUCGCACAGUGGCAGAAGCUGUUUUCAAACACAUGGAGGAGAACAAGAUCCUGUACACCAUGAGCUACAACCCCUCCUACUGCUGGAUUCUCGCUCUGGCAUUGGGCCCCUUCUUCACACAAAAAGACAGGGACCCACAGCGAGUUCCCAAGACCAUCACCCAACUGUACUCCUACUAUAUUUACAACAUCCUGAAAAACCACGGCCGAGAGAUUGAAAACCCCCGUGAUGUGUUACUCAGGGUUGGUCAGAUGGCCUUCAGAGGAGUGUCCGAGAAGAAGAUUGUGUUUACAGAUGCAGAUUUGAUCAAGUACAAUCUGCAUCCUUCCCAGUUCCUGUCGGGGUUCCUGAUGGAGCUUUUGGAGAGGGAUGAUUCUGCCAGAUGUAUGGUGUACACAUUCCCACACCUCACCAUUCAAGAAUUUGUAGCUGCACUUGCACAAUUCCUCACCCCAGAGCUCAAGGAUACUGUGAAGCUCCUCGCUGAAGCCUACUGCAUGACAGAUGGGCGAUUUGAGGUAUUCCUCCGUUUUGUUGCUGGUCUCUCCUCGGGGUCAGCCUGGCGCUGGAAUGAAUUUCUGGGUCCAUUUCCUGCCGAUACAGCCUGCCGGGUGAUUGACUGUGUGAAGGAGGAGAUCAAACGUCGGAGUGGAAACACAGAGAAUGAAGUCGAUAAAAGGAGCCUCCUGAACACACUGCACUACCUGUUUGAGUCUCAGAAUCAUGGGCUGUCUCAGGACUCACUGGGAUCUGUGGAAAAACUUUCACUCAGUGGUCUGCGACUGACACCGAUCGACUGUGCGGUCCUGUCUCAUGUCAUUGGGUUCUGUGAUACAGUAAAGCACCUUGACCUGGAUCACUGCUACAUUCAGUGUGAAGGACUCCAACGGCUGGCACCCAGUCUUCACAGAUGCCAAGAGUUGGGAUUGGCAAACAAUGAAUUGGGUGAGGGUGAUUCCGCAGUGAAACUGAUCUCUGUAGCUCUGACUGACCAGGGCUGUAAAAUACAAAAACUGCGAUUGGGCAAUAAUGGUAUUACAGCCUCUCAGACUUCAAUCCUCGCCUCUGCUCUCGUUAAAAACAGCUCACUGGUGCAGCUCGAUAUGAAAGACAACAGACUGGGAGAUACAGGUGUAAAACAGCUGUUAGGAGUUCUGAGUAACUCGGAAUGUAAAAUACAGAAACUGGGGCUGAAGAACAACAGUUUCACAGCCUCCUGCGCCAAGAAUCUUGCCUGCAUUCUCAGAACAAAUCACUCUUUGAUCAAACUGGAACUGGAUAACAAUAAGCUGGAGGAUUCGGGAGUCAAACUAUUGUCUGAAGUUCUAAGGAACCCGCAAUGUAAAAUACAGGAACUGCGGCUAUGUAGAAUCGGUCUCACAGCAACUGGUGCAGAGUAUCUCGCCUCCGUUCUAGCUACUAGCCCGUCACUGACAGAUCUUGCCCUGGACUAUAAUAAUUUGGGUGAUUCAGGGGUGAAGCUGAUAUUUGGACCCCUGAUCAACCCAGAGUGUAAAAUACAGAAACUACGAUUAUGGGAUGUUUCUCUCACAGAUUCAUUCUGUGAGGACCUCGCUAUCGCUCUCAAAACAAACUGCUCCCUGAAGCUUCUGUCACUGGGUGAUAACAAUAUUGGAGACUUAGGGGUGACACGUCUGUCUAAGGAGAUGGUGAAGCUCCAAUGUAAACUACAGGAACUAGAUCUGUACAAUAAUGGUUUGACUGAUUCCUGCACGGAGUCCCUCUGCUUUGUUCUCAACAAAAUGAGUUCACUGAAAAUGUUGGACCUGGGAGGAAACUCCUUCACAGACAAAUCCACCGACUCCUUCCGCAAGCUGAUACUACGACGCAAGAGUUUGAGGCACAUCACGCUGAGGGGGAAUCGAUUCACUGCAGAUGGGCAGAAUCAUCUGUUGUCAUUACGGGGAAACAGACGUGGUCUUAAUGUUACAGUGUGAGUCAUUCAAAUGUAGAAUUUUAUCUCCUCCUGGACAGAAUAGCAUUCGUUGAUUUCACUGUGGCACCAGAUUUAAACCCUAAACAUCUACGGUUCUAGAUGAGCGUGUGCCUCCACACAUCAUCAGUGGCCCCAGUGCAGUUUCAGGUGUCAUAGCUGCAGGGUCGCUUGCCCAAUCUCUCUGUACAAAGCAUCGACUGUACUUCUUCCUAUAGAUGCAGCCUGCCCUGCUGCGUUCCAUCAGCAUUUUUAGAAAUGGCCAAAGGUGGGCUCCAGCUGUACUGCCAAGCGAUAGCAGGAAUCCAAGUCGUUCAAGCUAGAUUUAAGUUCCACUUCCUCAGGAUCCUGCAGAGGUUCGGCAUGCCAUUGAAAACCUUGACAAGCCUCAAUAGAUGGAUGGUGAAAAGUGUGCUGACUGCCUGCAUUCCAGCCUGGUAUGGAAACUCCAAUGCCUUUCAGCAGGAAAUCCUGCAAAAGGUAGUGGAUUUGGCCCAGUAUAUCACAGGUGAAACCCUCUCAACCAUCGAGCACAUCUACAUGAAUCAUUGCCAUAGAAAAGCAGCAUCCAUCAUCAAAGAUCCUCACCACACAGGCCAUGCUCUUUUCUUGCAGCUGCCAUCAGGUAUAAGGUACCAGAGCCUCAGGACUCGCACCACCAGGUCUAAGAACAGUUACUAUCCAUCAAUCAUCGGGAACUUGAGGAAAAGGGGAUUGCUACACUCAUUUAAGGACUCUGUUGUAUUGUUACUUCAAGCUUGUUAUUUAUUGCUCUUUAUAUCUGCAGUAGUACAGUUUGUUUACAUUAACUGUUCCUAAUGAUUGCCGUUUAUUGUUACUGUUCUGUAAAUUUGCAAAGUAUGCCCGCAGAAAAAAAAUCAGGGUUGUAUGUGGUGAUAUGUUUGUAUUCUGAUAAUAAAUUUUACUUUGAAUUUUGAAAUUUCAAGCUUUGACAGAAAAUUAUCAGUAUGGCAAAGGCUGUGAAAGUAGUCAAAACCCUAGCUGCAGCAAGGCACAGUUAGUUAGGACGCUCGCUUGGUGCCAAGUCACAAAUGUAUUAUGAACUUUGGGCACUUCUCUAUAUACUUUGCACGUUCUCACUAUGACCACAAGGAUUCCUUCACGCUCUUUCCUGUGUAUCAAAAAGGCACGAGGGUGAGUUGUAUUAGUUGCCAGCUGUCUUUUCUCCAGCGUGUCAAUGUUUAAUGUGCGAGGCACAGUCGUUGUGUGAAUUAAUUCAAUUUUCCCUUUGCCGCCUCAAAAAAAAUCAGUGUACCCAAGAAAGUGAGGGCAAGAGGAGAAAAUGGAAAUAGAUGCAUUAAUUCACUACACCCCAAACCAUUAUGAUAAGUGCAGAGAGGUGAGAGUGUGCAGGGUGGCGAGAGAAGGAGGGCAAGAUGUGUGUGUGUGUGUGUGUGUGUGUGUGUGUGUGUGUGUGUGUGUGUGUGUGUGUGUGUAUGUGUGUGUGUGAGACAUUAACAGAUGCUUGGUCUAUCAGGGACCAAUCACAUGAUAAAUUGACAGCGUUCCUCUAACUCUGAAACAUUUGAGAGUUAUUCUGCUCUUCACAAAUUCCAUCCAUCCCGUACAGAGGCAGGUGGCGGGUGCUUUGGGUGGCUCGAGGAUGCAGAAAGAACUUAAGCAGCUUCUCGACACUGACUGCACCAGUGGCGUUCAGUGUUUAAUGUGCCACACAAUAGUGCCAGCUGAUGCUAUAAGUUAAGGUCAACAUCAGAAAAAUACUAGUUGUGCAAAUUGAUCCAUGAUCUGACCAGAAACACCAAAGAUAACAGAUAUAUCGUAGUACACGUUAUUUACCUAUAGUGUUUUAAGCCAGUGGAUCUGUUGUAAUGUGGAAAGGUUUACACACUUUGCAAGCUUUAUCAGGGUAUGUGUCAUUUUUAUGGGGAAUUGGAUUCACUGUGUGAAGGAAAUGGAACACAUUUCACAGAAAAUCUGUAUGUGACACUCUCUUUCAUGCUUCCCGCCAGACUGUAAUGGUGUAGACAAAUGCCCACUUUACAAAUCAGUCACAUCCGGGAAAUUAACCAAAUAUUGCAUAAUAUCAUAAUCAAAAGGCAAAUUUUUGUUU